UGAUGCAGGAAGAACAUCUUGAAGCCUUACUGGAACCACUUGAUAAGCAUGUUCGUAGUUAAUACUUAAUAUGGAAACCAAGGUGGAGGAACGCUUCCUAAUGAUACAUCUGUUGAUGUUUGCAAAAUUGAGAAGACAAACUUUACUCAAUAGAUUGUUGGAAGAGGGGCGUUUGUCAGAAGUUGGGAUCAUAGUAAUUGAUGAAGUUCACAUUAACAACACUUUGCAAUUCAAGUGCAUUUUUCGCAAGUCAAAAGAAUGCAAAGAGCGACAUAAAAUAUCAAUGGAUCGAAAUACUGCUGACGGGGCGGAUAGUGCUGAAGAUUCAGGGAACUCCCAGCCUUAUCCCUCUACUUUACCCGGCAUGCCAGAGGCAAUAUUCAAUUUUUCUUAUAUAUGA